GGACCUUGUUUUAGAGCCCUCCUGUUUGGGAAGUCUAGGGGUUAGUUUCGCUUCCGCCUUACAACACCGGCUGGAAAUUCCGAAUUGUUAUGCUGAUGUGGGGUUCGGUCAGGGUUUAGAUGAUAAGACGGUAAACUUCAGGAUACACGACUGACAAACUUUCCUCGCCUUGCCACUAACCUCUCCCUGGAGUCGAAAGAAAAGUCUCACAACUUUCGUAGUGUUUCGUGGCCAUGCCGGCAGCAUGGAGGCCUGGAAUGAACUUGAACUGAACCAGAAACACUUGCUUUAUUUAACCUCAUAUCUUUGAAGGGACCAUCAUCUUCAACUCUUAGACGUUCACAUUUCAGAGGGUGCCAAAAAGCCGGAAGCUUGUUUCUGAUAUUGCUGAGUUCCAUUACAAAUUGUAUGAACAAUCCAGAAUCUUCUCUAAAACUGUAGCAAGAAGAUGGCUCUAUCCAGACGCAUCCCUGAUAUUCCAGCCGAAGAUCUGGAGAUAGAAAAAAAAAUUGGCUCCGGGGGCUUUGGCAUGGUUUAUAAAGCCCGUCAUAAAAACUGGGAUUUUACUGUUGCAUUGAAGAUACUACAUACACAUGGGACUGACUCCUUGGAGCAUGAAGCCAGCAUGAUGCUUAAAGGAAGCUGCCAGUAUGUUUUAAGCCUGAUUGGGAUAUACAAGAACCCAGAACGUAGUGAGCAUGGUUUGGUUAUGCAUUUCAUGGAAAAUGGUUCUCUGGAAAACUUGCUUACCCGUCAAAGCCAACUUCCCUGGCCCCUCAAGUUCCAAAUUAUCCAUCAAGUAGCGUUGGGUAUGAACUUCCUACAUACCCAACUUCCCAAGCCAAUUCUGCAUCUCGACCUGAAGCCCAGCAAUGUGCUCUUGAAUGAGAGCUUUACUGUGCAGCUGACUGAUUUUGGAUUGUCAGAAGUGGCACAUAGCUGUUCCUCAUUUCAGAGUGAACAUGAAGGGGGCACGUUGAGUUACAUGCCUCCAGAGGCUUUGGUCAGCAAAAAGUACAGACCGAUGAAAGCAUUUGAUGUCUAUAGUUUUGCAAUUCUUAUGUCUUUUGUCAUUACUGGGAGCACACCAUACAAAGAUGCAUUUUCAACGAUAGUGAAGUUUCGUAUUCCGAGAGGGGAUCGCCCAGAUAUUUCUGGGGUAAAUCCAUCUGAUGCAGAAGGAUUGAAAGACAUGUUGGAGCUUAUGCAGAAUUGUUGGCAUAAGGAUUCAGAGCAGAGGCCUGAAUUUAAAGAUUGUAUCCCUGUGACCAAAAAAGUUUUCAAUAUUCACAAAUCGGGAGUUUCAGAAGCCAUUCACAGAUUGCAGCAUAUUUUGAGUCGAAUGGUAUCUGGUGAGACCUGUGAAGAUUUACACUCAGAGUUAAAAAAUAUAAGUAUUGAAAGCUCUCCAGCCAAACCACUGGAUGAACAUAAACCUCAGGUACCAGUCUCUACAGGACCACCACCACAGCAGGAAAUAUCGGAACAUCUUAAGCCUCCAGUUAUGGACACAGAACUUCAACAUUUAAUGAGCAAAACUCCAGUGUCCACAUCCAGUAACUUAUUUGUUCCUCAACAGGCAAGCCCAGGUCCUACACAUAUUGGAAUUGCCCCUCCAGAGUACAGAAGAGUAAACGUGCAAUAUCCAGGUAUCAGCAUUCAUGCUUCUUACAUCAAUGGACUUCAAAUUGGAAACAACAGCCAAAUGAUAAUCACAAAAUCACCAGGAAGAAAAACUAUCAAGAAGUGAAGUUCAAGUCCUGCUUUGAAGACUCUUCCUUGCUUCAGUUGGAAUGCCAGUACCUCAGCAAUCGCCAUUCCCGUUUACCAGAGGGGCUAAGUGGGGUGUGUGUUUGUGUUUAUCUGUGUCCUGUGGACUUCUGUCUUCACCUCAGUGUUAGCUGUCCAUCAUGUGGCCUGAAUGGUGCCAGCCUGAUCCAAAGCCCUGUUCACUCAUUCAGUCUUUUACUGAAGCAUUUCUAGUAGAGACACUUCAUUGAGUUUCAGGGGGUACAAUGGCUGACAGAUACGGAUGUGAUUUAUCCUGGUGCCAGUACCAGCAAGUCAUGUGCCAAGGAUAAACCAGUGGGAAAGCUGACAAAGAACACCAGGGUGACAUCUCGCCUGCAUGUCUCAAAGAUGUGCUGGCUGCACAGAGACAAAUGAGUAGCGUUUCUGUGAAUUUGGGAGGACAUUCAUGGACCCCCUGAAGCACAGGGCUGGAUUUUGCCAGAUCAAUGUGGUUCACAUCUCCAAGGUUUACUUUUUGUUUUGUCAGGCACGUUAAGGUCAUCUGUUGUGGACUAAUCUGAUCUUGGUGGGUUUAUACAAGUUUCAAAGACCCCUCUCCAUGUCUCCGUUCUGCCUCAUUAACUACUUCAAACAGUUGGAGAUUUUUAAAAAUGAAAGUCUUUAUAAAAAAACUUUCACCUUUGUUAGAAGAACAUUAGAAACCAUUAAGCCUGUUUGUUUAGCUCAUAGCCCAGCUGUUCUGAUAUCUUAUCCUGAUUCUUCUUCAAGCUUGUCAAAGUUUCUUCUUCAGCUCCGUGCCUAGUUUGUUUCCUGUUCCCACAACUUUCUAUGUGUAAAGAAGUGUUUCCUGGCUUCAACCGUCCAUGCACUUCCUCUUCGUUUCCACGGAUAUCCUCCAGUGUGGGACUCGCUGUUCGGUUGAAAUUCUGCUGAAUCUUCUUCCUCUGUGCCUGUGAGGAGUUUGCAGACCUGCAGCUGAGUUCUCUGACAUGGCAGGGUCUGAAACGAGGCAUCUGCAAGUCUGAGUGCUCUACCACGAGUGAGUCAAGGAAAAUGUGGGCAAAGGGGGUGCCAACGGACCAUAGUUUUGCUUUUCGUACCAUUUUAUUUUGCGAUUUUACGCUUUGUAGUUUGGUAUUCAUAAAUAAUCCAAGUCUAUUGAGGUUUUUUUUUUUUUUGGGUACAGUGAAUGAAGCAGAGGCUGCCAUGGCUGCCUCAGAGCAUUCUGGGUUUGAAUUCUGUGCCUGGUGUCUGGCCCCACAUCAAUGCCCAUUUCCUACAUUGUGCCCUGUACUGUCAACAGUGGCUCCAGACCCCCAGCCCAAUGAACCUGAAUUGAUUUAAGCAGGAUCCAGGAUUAUGUUACAAUUUAACAGAGGGUCUCAAAUUCCGGGGAAAGCUUUUAAACGUCUUUGGUCAGCAUUGUGUCUCAAAUGAAAUGAGUCACUCAGGGGUCCUUUAUGGAGUCAUUUCUGGAGGAAGAUCUGAUGAGGGUUUGCACAUUCAGGGGAGUGAUAAUUACUGCUGCCAUCAUGCUUGACAGUUGUGUUGCUGGAUCUUUGCUGAUGCUGCCUCUUGUAACUGCUGUUGUGGAAACGGUGUCAGAAAUAUGUUAAAAAAUGAAAACAAAAGUAUUUUUUUUACGGAA